AUGGUAGCGAAGUCGAAGAGGAACGCGGCGCACGACAAGCGACACGAGAAUGGCCUUGCGGCCCCCGGCAAACGCAUCACCAAGCAGAAGAGCAACCCGGCACUCGCUGGCAACGUCAAUGGGAAGCCUCGCCCGCCGACGCCGCCAGGCCCCAGCCAUGUAGAGGGCGAGAGCGUCCAGCAGCCAAGCGCGACCAUCGACCGACUGUCCAAGAUUCCGCCCCAGGACACCAUGGCCACCGCUGCAACCCCCGCCAGAGUCGACGAGCGCACGCGCGCUGCCUCGGAUGCCUCGCUGGACAACCCAGCUGAGGCAUGUCGCCCGUACGACAAUGGUCCCAAUGGGCCUUUUGACCCUAUUCCCUCCACUCUCCGCCGCGCCGACACAAACGCCUCAAAGCCCGCCUCGCUCUCCAUGGCCAGCAUGCUCGCUGUGCCCGCCACCAUUCUCACGUCCUGUCCUCUGCGGGACGUCCUCGCCAUCCUCAUCAUCCUCCUCCAACUCCCCCCAACCGUCCUCACCAUCGUCCAGUUCCUGUUCGCAACCCUCACCUUUGUCCCCCCACAGGCCGGUACUCCCCUGUCUGCCCUCUCCGCCUUUCCCUCCUUCACCGACAUCUUCCAGGGCUCUGGCGGCACCCCCUCGCUCUUCACCACAAUCAUCGCCGACACCGUCAUAUUGUUGAUAUGGCUGCUGCUGUGGGUGCCUGCUCAAAACUUCUUCCUGGACCUGGCCCAGGCUGUCAUUGCCAUUGCCCUCGGCGGUGCCGCAGCAGGCAAAAAGGGCACUACCAAUAGCAUCGUUAUAUGCUUUGUCAUCAUCCUUUCAAGUCAUCUUCUCAGAUUCAGGCCUCUCCGGCAACAUAUUGUACAAUUCCUCUGGACCGGGCUCGCCCGGGGAGGCCUGGAAUUUCUGACGAGCCCGCCGAGUUCUCCGACCUAUUUGGAAAGCUUCUCAACCCCCCACGGAUGGCCCCGUAGCCUCCUGGGGAUACAUAUUCUGGCCCAAGGUGUCGUUCGCAUCAUCCGGCGCUCUCUAUCUCGACGAGAACACACAACCCUGCCUACUGGCAAGAAGACCGACCCUGAGUCCGGUGUUCUUCAACGCUCAAACUCCACCAACCUCGAACCCACGGCCGACGUGCCCAAUUCCUCGAGUACAGAUGGCCGCCCACCGGGGCCGUCGCCAGCAACGCACGCUCACAAGGAUAAAGCGAGUACUUCCAGGAGGAAGAGGAAGCAAGCUACGCAUGUGCGUAGUCAGCAGCCAUUCUGGGCUGCGCUUGCCAGCACAAAAGUUACAGUUUUAAAAGAGAUGGAAAGUAGCCGGGUGGCAAACGACGCCGACGAGGCUAAUGCAAAAGACGCAAAUCACAUUGGAAAUGCUGUUUAUAGAUCGGAGGAUGAUCGUGUUUGGAUUUCAGAAGUCGGCUUUUCCGACAUUUCAUUUCGUGUUAGUUUAUCUGGGCCAGCUGAAGUGCAAGAGGAGGAUGAGGAAUCUGCCCACAUAGGUUCCGGUAUCGACAAGUCAAAACCAUUCUACAUUCGCGUCAACGGGGCCGACUGGAGCUCGACGCGGAUCCGCCAAAGCGAGCCGGUUGGUUUGCAGGGCCAGGAGGGAACGGGCUAUUGGAUGGGGGAGAUUUUUGGUCUGACGGCUCUUUCGAACUACUAUUGCGAGUUUGUCCGAACCAUAGACAACGAAGUCUUCUACUCGGCAAGCCUUAUUACCUCGGCGAGCCCCGUAACUGAACUAGCUUCCAUUGCUUCACCACCGGCGCAUCAGACUCUGCGCCCUUCUUCGCCCACGACAACCUUGAAAAAUUCGAUCGCUGCGGCCGACCAACAGCUACAGGAGCAGCGGAAUCGCCUGAAGCGGAACAAGAAGGAUCACAAGACAGCCAUCACCAACAUCAAGAAAGAGGUGGAUGCACUUGGGAAUCGCCUUGCCAAUGCCGGAGGUAGCGACGAACGUCAGCGCCAGCGCGUCCUUCAAUUCACGCAGAACAUACGCCAGGCUGAAGAUGCGGCCGCCGAUUUUGCUGUUCAAGCAGAGAACUUGGGUAGUAUUCCUGAAGAAGAGGCCAAGGAGGCUGCAGCCAGAAAGGCCGAAUGGAAGAAGGAGCGUGACAAUAAAAACGCCAUUGCUAGCGAGUUUGACAAGACCAAGGAGGAGAUUCAACGCCAGGUGCAGAGUGUAGAGUCGGACAUUUCUACUGCAUUCCAGAAGAGGGAACGCCUUCAGCAACGUCAAACUAGGCUUAACGAGCAGCACGAUCGUCUUGUUACAGCCAACGCUGAGGGUUUCACCGCCAAGCAACGAAGGGAGCAGGAACGGACAGCAUUACGCGCACAGCGUGCCGAGGUUGAGCACCAAUACCGCAGUAACAUCAACGGUUAUGAGAGGCGUACUGAGGAACAGAAUGCUUUGACUAGUCAAAUGUUGCAGACCGUCCAGCACUACGAGGAGCUCCUUCUCCAGCAAGUGCAUCAGCACAUGUCUGUUCCUACCACGCCCGAGGGUAACCUUCCAGGCACCAACAUGUCUCCUCAUGGCAACGGCUUCUCCAGCUUCACGUUCCCUUCGCUCAAUUCGCACGGCAUCAGCACUCCUGGCUCCAUUCGUGGCGGCCGCGGGCGCUCCUCAUCCAUGCUCUCCAAUGUCUCUGGUUUCACCGACGCUUUCGACGAGCCCUCCUACUCCUCCACCUACGUUCUCGGCAACCCAUUCAAUACUCCUGGGCCUGUAAAUGGUCGCAAUCGCAGUCAUGGCAGCGGUAGCCUGAGCUCGGGUACCUCCAGUCAAAGCUCUAGCCAGCGUGACCCUCUGAGUCCUGUGCAAAGUAUUAAGCCAAUGAUGGUGAGAAGUUCGACAAGUGGUAGCAAUGGUCUGAUGAGUCCGAUCGGCAGCGGCAGAUAG